AUGAACUGGCUCAAAUCGACACUCUCAUACACCGUUGGCACCGCCGAGCCCGAAUAUGGCCCCGGCGCCAUCCACCCGGUCACCGCUCAGGCGCAGCCGUACUCGGUGCUCACAAAGGACGACCUGAAGUGGAAGGCGAUGCAGUCGACAAAUGUCGAGACGCAGAUUUUUUACCUGAUUACGCCCAAGGGGGAGAUUGCGUCUAUACAGAUUAUUUAUAACAAUGUCGCUGGCCUGAUGGUAACAUGCCAACUGAACGUGAAAAUCUGGAACCACGCCGGCACAUCACACCUCUGGACCUCCGACCCGCUCGAGAACCACUGCUUCACCGAGGACAUGAAUACCCUGUUCGCGGAUAACCUCUCGAUCGCUUUAAACGCCGCCGGCGACGCUUACGAGAUCAAGUCCGCGCGCAACGACUCCGCCCUCAUCGACCUCGUCGUCAAACGCACGGCCCCGGGAUUCCAGAUCGGAAGCGACGGGACAACGUAUUACGGGACGGACCAGGCGAAUCCGUGGGGCGAGAUGCGGCAUCGGUUUUGGGCACGGUGUGCGGUUACAGGGACGAUUAGAACGACCGAGAAGGAAUAUAAUUUUGGGAGUGAAGGAAGUGAGGCGAGUUCGUUGGGGAGGGGUGUCUUCAUCCAUGCGAUCCAGGGGAUGAAGCCGCAUCAUGCGGCGGCGCGGUGGAAUUUCGUCACCUUCCAGACGCCGUCGUACUCGGCGAUCAUGAUGGAGUUUACUACGCCGCCGUCGUACGCGUCGACGCGGGUGAAUGUCGGCGGAAUCGUCACCGACACUGAGAUCUUAUAUGCUGGAGGAGACAACGUCGUCACGUACCCCGAGACGAAAGAGGAUCCCGAAACACAGUGGCCUGAACCCACCAGUGCCGAGUACACAUGGCAGAGCAAGGACGGCGCGUUCUCUGCUACACUGAAGGGGCCCCUCGGAGACCGGCUGGACCGUGUCGACGUCCUACACCAUAUUCCGGGGGUCAUCAAGUCCUUGGUUGGUGGUGUUGUCGGCACGAAACCGUAUAUCUACCAGUUUGCCAACGCGCCGAAUGACUCACUUGUUCUUUCUGUCAAGAACGGGGAUCAGACGGUUGAGGAGAAGGGGACUUUCUUCGCUGAGGCGACGUUUAUAUCAUGA